UUCUGUAUCCCCUUUCCUUUCCGUCGAAGUUCGACGGAGACAUCUACGUUUGUCGCCAAAGAUGAACCCAUGGAAAAGCGCUAAGCAGAAAGGUUGGAGCGGGAGAGGGCCGCAGCGAGCCUUCAGCCAAUUUGCCAUGUAGCUGUUGGCCCGGUGGCCCAUGGGCGGGUCUCCCUCAUUCGUGCCUUCGCGCCUACAAACGGGAGCGUGAUAGGGUUUCCACGACGCUCUUCCUUCCCGUGACCCACCCGGAUACAGAACUGGCGGAGGACAGACAGGAAGGCGAGCCUCGGAUUCCAACCAGAUGGGGAAGACCCGUGGUAUGGGAGCUGGGCGCAAGCUCAAAACUCACAGGAGGAGGCAGAGAUGGGCAGACAAGGCAUACAAGAAAAGUCAUCUCGGCAAUGAGUGGAAGAAACCCUUUGCUGGUUCCUCACAUGCCAAGGGUAUUGUCCUUGAGAAGAUAAAAGACGUAUCGAAGCUAAGCAGCCUAACUCUGCUAUCCGAAAGUGCGCUAGAGUCCAGCUGAUAAAGAAUGGCAAGAAAAUUGCAGCCUUUGUGUCCCAAAUGAUGGUUGCUUGAAUUUCAUGGAAGAAAAUUGUAAGCUUUGUCUUUCGAUUAAUAUGGAAAUCGUAUAUGCCAUGAAGCUUUAAGGAACAAUGAUCUACUAUGCUUUUAGUAAGGAUUAGUUCUAGGAGGCUCUAAUAAGGUGGUUUUGCUCAAGACCAGUAUCCAUCGGCCAGAAUCUGCUAUGGCAAGGGUCUUAUGCGAACACAUCAACAAUCACAUGGCAUGGAAACCGUAUCAGGAUCUUCUUUGAGGAGUCUGACCAUCUGUCCAUAACUUUUGCCUCGAUGAAUAUGCUGUUGAGCUGGUCCGUUGCUUGUGCAGGAUGAAGUCUUGAUUUCGGACGCAAGGGCCAUGCGGUGGGUGACAUUCCUGGAGUAAGGUUCAAGGUGGUGAAGGUCUCUGGCGUGUCCCUAUUGGCGCUCUUCAAGGAGAAGAAGGAGAAGCCUCGGUCUUAAUGACUAGGGCUUCCGGAUGAACCCAGUGAGUCUUUGUUUCACGACUCAUUUUGUAUGCCUCUUUGAAUAGUUUCCAGUGAACUGUUUGUUACAUGACGUUUCAUUGUUAUCCAUUCUUGAGAACUCAUCGACUUGUUUGAUCUAUUAAGCUGAUGUUCUUGGCUUU